GCCGCCGGCCGCUAGUACCGCCAGUGCCGCCACACCGCGUCGCACUAUCCCGCGCCCUCGCCGCCCCUCCCUACUCCCUUCAUCCAUCAGUCAGUCACUCGACGGCACGCACGAGGGACGGUCGCUCGAUUUCUCUCGUCGCUCAACAUUCACGCGGACAACUGGGUCAAAGGUUUCGUGCUAACGUCGAAUCCUUAUACGUCCUGUGUUGUGACCAAAUACAGUGCAAGUGAAUUAGAAAUAUAGUUUGUGAUAUAAUUAAUUACACCAGCGGUUCUUUUGAAAUGUACGGGAUGCGUGCGUGAGCGCAGCGCAUGACGUGCUACGAAACGUUGAGAGCUCCGGCACCCGCCGCGGACGCCCCCAUGGCGCACCACUUCGUUAAGUGGUGGCGCAACAAGUUUAGAAAUGGAUACAAGAAGUUUAGCAUUGGUACAGAGAGCGAGAGGACGGACACCGAAGAGCUGGUGGGACGAGCAGCCUCACAGUGUUCAGCACCUCCGGACCUGCUGCCAAGCGAGGCCCGUGCCUUGCUGCAGCCGACCACGCCGCCAGCGCCGCCCCCCCGCUCCCAUGAACCGUCCUACAAACCACCACCGUCACCCACCCCAGUGGCGGAAAAAAAUGAUGAAAAACACCCCAGAUUACGAUUUGAGGAGCUGACAUGUGAUGUAGAAUUGCAGCAUCCUGAACCCUCCAAACAGCAACCGCUGCAGUUCUCCUUUACCUUGUAUGAUUUAGACGGGCACGGACGUAUGACCAAGGAUGAUAUUGCUGGAAUCGUUUCUACAAUCUACGAAUCCAUCGGAAAAUCAGUGACAGUGCCACAUUAUGGGUCAAAGACAAUACAAGUGCGGUUAACUGUCGUGCCGGAAGAUGGUAAUUGUAGAAGUCAUCGCGAGAGGCGAGAGGCGCGACGUCGUGAGAGGCGAGAGGAAAGACGCAGAGAAUGUUCUACCAAUGUUAACGCAUCGCCUCCCGACUGCAUAGACCACAGCGAGGACGAGCAAAGAGGGAGAUUAUCUCCUGACGACGAUGCCUCCUCGAAAUCAUCAUGUUCGGGAGACAGGAGACCUGCCCACAGUUCUCCAAGACAAACUACUUAUGCUCAAUCCCGAGCCCAUCGUCAACCUCGCAGAGAACACCGGCAGCGGAAACAUACAAAGAAACGUUCUGGAAGUUUACAAAGACGCGAAUUGUUGGAAAUAAUUCAAGCUAAUAUGGAAAAAAACCAUAUGAGCUUUCAAGCCUCAAGAAAGCCCUGUGAACCUGUUACUAUUGAAGAAGAAGUUACGAACAAAUAUCAGAAACUUCGAAACAGAUCUUACACGGUCAGUGAGAAGCCAAUAAAUGCAUUCCAAAAGAAGAAAUCGGACAAUUCUGGCAACGGAUACUUAGAUCUAGCAAGCGGCGGCGAUUCACAUCUAUGUAGGUAUGACCGUUACCUGCAUGCGGUGAUAUGCUCGUCGGCACGGCAUGCAAAUACGGGAUACCAUCAGAAACAAAAUCAGAUGCCGCGCUCCGGUCGGGCCCCGCACGCUCACCACGCGCGCUCUCGCUCACACGACCUGCCACCCCAGGCGCCCGCCGCGCAACAACCUAGAGUAUUACAGAUUAUAUUCUUAUAGAACAUAAGAAAGGGCAUCACCGGCCACGGUUUUGUCCUGCUCACUUGUUGAGUCUGUUUAUUCUAAGAAUCUAAUUUUAUUGUUGAGUUACCAAGCGCUGUUUGAAAGCCACUUUAAAAAUAAGUAACAAAACGUGAGAUUCAUAUCUCACAUAAACAUUUAAAAUGUUUACCCCUUUAUUCGAAAUAUUCCUAAUCAAAGGAAAAUAAUCUUUUAUAACUUGAAAAUUCUCCAAACAAUAGAUCUGUUGAUAGACUUAUUACUUUUGUAAUCAAAUAACUGAGUUAACUUAAUCCAGUAUUUUCACGCUAGUAUUAAGACAUUGAAGUGUUUGACUGUUAUGUACUGUCGUAGUAUAUACUUAGCUAUGUAUAAUGGGACACUGCCUCUUUCGACUAUUUCCUCAGUCUGCUUGUGGCGCGCUUAGUAGAGGCCAUGUUUCCUCAGAGGACUGUAGUAGAAUUAGGUGAAAAUAAUUUAAACGCGGCCUUAGAUAUUUAAUUCGUCGUAAAGUGCCUUUAUUUGGUAACUUUGAUGUGGAGUUGAGAUGUAACAUACAUGAUGUAAUGUGUACUGAUAGGUGACAAUGCUCAGUAGACUAUGUACCUUUGAUUGUAAGACUCAUUUUAGAGUUUCAUAGACUGAUUUUAGUUUUAAGUGUUAGGUACUACAGCGAAUGAUAGUUUAUAACAUUGUUAUAUGAGACGUUCAAGUACAAUACAUACUAUGUUAAGGUUGCUCAUCCACUUACUUUUUUAAACAAUUAACAAUGUUUUAAUUUUUCACUGUAUUUAAAAGAACCCUCCCAAUUACAUUACCAAUAUCAGUAUUCGUUAUUUUAAGUUAAUGAAAGAAUCUCUAUGUUUUAUCUACCUCUAUUGUGCUUUCAUAAUGUAUUUAUAACUUAUUGUGGGCGGCUGAAUUAUUUUAAUGUUAGCAGGUAGGUCUUUGUGAUAAUUUGUUAAAAUGUAAUUGUACCUAGGUCUGUAAUGUGACGACUGGAAAGGAAAACUGUUCAGUUGCCAAUGUACAAAGUGCUCUAUCUUGUCAAAAUAUUUAUUGUCAAAUAUAAUCAUGAGAUUAAUUUACAA